AUGGAAGAAGAUAAUGAAACACCAUCCUCUUCGACUUUAAAGUCAGCAAGUAAGGAAAGAAAAUACGUGCAAAAAUUUAAAACUUCUUGGCUGGAGCAUCCUGAUUUUAAGACUUGGCUGAAGAAAUCUGAUAAAGGUGAGACAAAAGCUUACUGUAAAAUAUGCGAUUGUGAUCUUGUAUGUGGAAUGUCCGAAUUACUUAAACAUAAAAACAGUGCUAAACACACCAAAAAGAUGGCUGUUAUUUCGCAAUGUGGAAGAAUGUCAACUUUUUUGAACAAAAAUCAGACGCACGCUACUAAUGUAUUAAAAAUGGAAUUAAAAAUGUGCGGCUUUCUUGCGAAACAUGAUCUACCAAUUUCUUUAGUCGAUGAUUUUGUAUCGCUGUUGCGAAACUUGUUUCCGGAAUCGAAAUGUUUAGAUGACGUGCAUCUAGGAAAACAAAAAGCAACAAAUAUUUUACGUCAAGUCACAGGAGCGACAUAUAAACAAGAAGUGAUUGAUAUCAUGAAGAAUAGCUAUUUUAAUAUAAUAAUAGAUGAAACAACAGAUCUGUCUGUGAAAAAACAGUUGGCUAUUAUUAUAACAUUUUUUAAUAGUUUGACAAAAAAAAGUAGAAUACAGAUUUUUUGA